AUGGAGAUAAUCAGAAAGUUGGUUCAGGAUAUUGAGGUGAGCUAUAUUGAAGCGUGUAAUCAUAGCAAGAAAUUUGGAUCUAGUCAUUUAUAUAUUAGUUUGCAGUUCCCUUUAGAUGGUUUUGUAAAAAUAAACACGGAUGGAGCAGCUCGUGCUUAUAAAGCGAAACUUUGGGGCAUACUUCAUGGCCUUGAGGUGACUUGGAAUGCUGGCUAUAGAAGGGUCAUUCUGGAAAGUGAUUCGCUUACAGCAAUCAAUGUGCUCACCAAACAGGAUGCAUCAGUUCGUGAGGAGCGUUUGAUUUCUCAUAUACGAAUGUGGAUUGGCAAGGAUUGGGAAGUUCAAGUUCAACAUACUUUUACGGAAGGGAAUAUGUGUGCUGAUUGGCUGGCAAUUUAUUUGUUAAACUCAGAGGAGCAGGCUGACCAGAUUUCUUUCGAGGAGCCUCCAUGUGGAAUUUUUCUGUUAUUUAUGGCAGAUCUUGCGUCUGUAGGGAGAGAACAUGUAGUUACUCUUUCUUGUUAG